CCCGACACCCCCUCCUGCCUCCAUCCGCCGGGGCUAUGGCCGCAGAAGAGGUAUUGCAGACUGUGGACCAUUACAAGACUGAGAUAGAGAGGCUGACCAAGGAGCUCACGGAGACGACCCACGAGAAGAUCCAGGCUGCCGAGUACGGGCUGGUGGUCCUGGAAGAGAAGCUGACCCUCAAACAGCAGUAUGACGAGCUGGAGGCAGAGUACGACAGCCUCAAGCAAGAGCUGGAGCAGCUGAAAGAGGCAUUUGGGCAGUCCUUCUCCAUCCACCGGAAGGUUGCUGAGGAUGGAGAGACCCGGGAGGAAACACUUCUGCAAGAGUCUGCAUCGAAGGAAGCUUACUAUCUGGGGAAGAUCUUGGAGAUGCAGAACGAACUGAAACAGAGCCGGGCUGUGGUCACUAACGUUCAGGCAGAAAAUGAGAGGCUCACGGCUGUCGUGCAGGAUCUGAAGGAGAACAAUGAGAUGGUGGAGCUACAGAGAAUACGGAUGAAGGAUGAAAUCCGAGAAUACAAAUUCCGAGAAGCCCGCCUCCUUCAGGACUACACUGAGCUGGAAGAAGAAAAUAUCACGUUGCAGAAACUCGUGUCCACGUUAAAGCAGAACCAGGUUGAAUACGAAGGCCUAAAGCAUGAGAUUAAGCGAUUUGAGGAAGAAACCGUGCUGCUCAACAGCCAGCUGGAAGAUGCCAUCCGGUUGAAAGAGAUCGCAGAGCACCAGCUGGAAGAAGCCCUUGAUACCUUAAAAAACGAGAGGGAACAAAAGAACAUCCUGCGGAAGGAGCUCUCCCAGUAUAUCACCCUCAAUGACAACCAUCUUAGCAUCUCUGUCGAUGGACUCAAGUUUGCGGAGGAUGCGGGUGAACCGAACAAUGACGACAAAAUGAAUGGGCAUAUCCACGGGCCCCUUGUGAAACUCAAUGGAGACUAUCGGACUCCCACUUUAAGGAAAGGAGAGUCUCUACACCCCGUUUCUGACUUAUUCAGUGAGCUGAACAUUUCAGAAAUACAGAAGUUAAAGCAGCAACUUAUGCAGGUAGAGCGGGAAAAGGCCAUUCUUCUGGCCAAUCUCCAGGAGUCACAGACGCAGCUGGAACACACGAAGGGGGCGCUGACAGAGCAGCACGAACGGGUGCACCGGCUAACAGAACACGUUAAUGCCAUGAGAGGCCUACAGAGCAGCAAAGAACUCAAGGCUGAGCUGGAUGGGGAGAAGGGCCGGGACUCAGCGGAGGAGGCCCAUGACUAUGAGGUGGACAUCAAUGGCUUAGAGAUCCUUGAAUGCAAGUAUAGGGUGGCAGUAACUGAGGUGAUUGAUUUGAAAGCUGAAAUUAAGGCCUUAAAGGAGAAAUAUAAUAAAUCUGUAGAAAACUAUACUGAUGAGAAAGCCAAGUAUGAGAGUAAGAUCCAAAUGUAUGAUGAGCAGGUUACAAGUCUUGAAAAGACCACCAAGGAGAGUGGAGAGAAGAUGGCCCACAUGGAGAAGGAGUUGCAAAAGAUGACCAGCAUAGCCAACGAAAAUCACAAUACCCUUAAUACAGCCCAGGAUGAGCUGGUGACAUUUAGUGAGGAGCUAGCCCAGCUUUACCACCAUGUAUGUCUGUGUAAUAAUGAAACCCCCAACAGGGUCAUGCUGGACUACUAUAGGCAAAGCAGAGUCACUCGUAGUGGCAGCCUGAAAGGGCCUGAUGAUCCCAGGGGACUUUUGUCUCCACGAUUAGCCAGGCGGGGUGUGUCAUCCCCAGUAGAAACAAGGACCUCAUCUGAACCAGUUUCAAAAGAAAACACAGAGGCCAGCAAAGAACCAAGUCCAACCAAGACCCCCACAAUCUCUCCUGUUAUUACUGCCCCACCAUCAUCUCCAGUAUUGGAUACAAGUGACAUCCGCAAAGAGCCAAUGAAUAUCUACAACCUUAAUGCCAUAAUCCGGGACCAAAUCAAACAUCUGCAGAAAGCUGUGGACCGGUCCUUGCAACUGUCUCGUCAAAGAGCAGCAGCACGGGAGCUGGCCCCCAUGAUUGAUAAAGACAAGGAAGCCUUAAUGGAAGAGAUCCUCAAGCUCAAGUCCCUGCUGAGCACCAAACGGGAGCAGAUUGCCACACUGAGAGCAGUACUGAAAGCCAACAAACAGACAGCUGAGGUGGCUCUAGCUAAUCUCAAGAACAAAUAUGAAAAUGAGAAAGCAAUGGUGACUGAAACUAUGACGAAGCUUAGAAAUGAACUGAAGGCUUUGAAAGAAGAUGCAGCAACUUUCUCAUCCCUGAGAGCAAUGUUUGCAACAAGAUGUGAUGAGUAUGUCACACAGUUGGAUGAGAUGCAGAGACAGUUAGCAGCCGCAGAGGAUGAGAAGAAGACUCUAAACACUUUGUUACGAAUGGCUAUCCAGCAAAAACUCGCCCUGACCCAGCGGCUGGAGGACUUAGAGUUUGACCAUGAGCAGUCCCGACGCAGCAAAGGCAAACUUGGAAAGAGCAAGAUCGGCAGCCCUAAAGUAAGUGGGGAGGCAUCAGUCACCGUGCCCACCAUAGACACUUACCUCCUGCAUAGUCAGGGCCCACAGACACCCAACAUUCGGGUCAGCAGUGGCACUCAGAGGAAAAGACAAUUUUCACCUUCCCUUUGUGAUCAGAGCCGUCCCAGGACUUCAGGGGCUACCUACCUACAGAAUUUAUUAAGAGUUCCCCCUGAUCCCACCUCCACAGAAUCAUUUCUUCUGAAGGGCCCCCCUUCCAUGAAUGAAUUCAUCCAAGGGCACCGGCUCAGCAAGGAAAAAAGGUUAACCGUGGCUCCACCAGCAAAAAGAGAUUGUCAGCAGCCUGCUGCCUCCGUACCGCCACAGUGCUCACAACUAGCCGGGAGGCAAGACUGCCCAACUGUCAGUCCUGACAUAGCUCUCCCUGACGAGCAGCCACAUUCCAGCCCGCAGUGCGCCCCUCUCCACUGUCUCUCCAAGCCUCCUUACCCCUAGUCUCCAUCUCCCACGGACGAAUAUCUGAGGUGAAUGCUUUGUAACCACACACAGGAUACUGCCCAAGAUCCCGCGGGUGUUUUCUUCUCGGGUGUGAGAGGUAGGAUUGGAUUCGUGUUCGUCAUUUUGGAAGAUGAAAGAAAGUUAAGAAGAAUAACACAAAGCACAGACUCCAGUGUGAUGAAACAUUUGAUGGUUUCUCUAAGUCACAGACAAACCUCUACAAUCAAAUGGCUAUGGUUAAUUAAAAGCAAGAAAUAAAAGGAAACAGGAACCGUGUAUCUCAGAUGGCUGGCUUUACCUCGAUAGCAUAAGAAAGACCUAAGACAAUGUAAAAUACAUAGAUUGUAAAAUCAUCUUUCCUUGUACUUCUAAUUCAGCUAUAGAAGUCGAUUCCCAUAUUUUUUGUCAUCAAUAUUUAUUUUAUACUUUAUUUGCCACAUGACUUAUGUCUAUAAAAACCAUUUCUGUGAGAGGUGAACUUAAUUCAUUUAUUUUUAAAUACACAUAAUUUGCUCAAUUAAGUAUGAGUUUUAAUUUAGUUUGAAAUCUGGAAUUGACCAGACCAUGGUCAUAUUUCUUGCACAAAAUAAUAAAUGAGGUGCAUUGGAAUGUUAACAAUAACUGUAUUUUGCUGCUACACUGAUAUUGUUUAUGUGCUUAUUUACAUUAACUGCUGGUGGUGUUUUUUUUUUUUUUAACUAGAAUUCUUUACUUGAUUUUAUUAAGUAAAUCUAAGAAAGACUAUGUUAUGAUUCACUGACUUACUCAACUUUUGACAGCAUCUUUAAUUUUUUAAAACUGCAGACAAGUAGAUCACUGGUGCUGCUCUCUUGUGUGUGUGUAUGUGUGUGUGAUAAUGUUAAGGAAGCUAAAUAACGUUAAGGGGGAAAAAAGCGUGUUCAUUUAAAGACCAGAUUUUUUUUUUUUUACUUUCCCAAAUUCAGGGUCCCUAAUCAUGAGUCUUUCCUGCAAAAAAGGUAUCAAACUGGGAAACAAUAUACUACAUAGAUGUAAGUUAGCCUUUGAUUAAUUAAUUUACCCAGAAAGUGUUCAAAUUUUGAUUAAAAGUGUAUGUUUUGUUGUUGUUAGGUUUUUUUCAUAAUGAAUCUUCCUUGCCAAAAAACAAUAAAUAAACCUUAGCUCAUUGUCUACUUUUGACAAACACUCAGGUGCCUACAAUCAUUAUAUUAUAUUGAGAUAAUACAUGUUCCUAGUUCAUUUACAGAUUCUGCUGGGUAACUUUUAUGACUUGAUUUAAGGCAGUGGAUUUUCAUAGCAAAAUUUCUUUUGCACAUAAUCUGACGAACAAGGAAAACAGCUAAUUGAGCUGAAAGGUCUAACACUCUUGGGCUCCUUAAGUACCAAGUGCUGCCCACACAAUCGCUCCUAGCCCUGAUUCCUUGUCUAGUCAGGUAGCCUUAACUUAUUUAAAACCAUAACGGUUUGACCUUUUCAUGUAACUGUAUCUGUAACUUCUCUUCAAAACAAAAACAAUCCUCACUGUUAACACAAAAGAUAGUUAACAAUGCAGGGCUCUAGCAGUGGAGAUCUAGUUGUGGAGAUCUCAGCUUCAUGGGUGGGGGUAGGGAGCACAUUCAUGGAUGGUCUAUCAAAGAUGGCAGCCAGUCGGUAAAUCAUAAAGCACAGUGCAGGAGCUCUCGUCAGUUGUACGUACACCUAUUAAGUAGUGGUCACUAUUACCAAAGCAACCAAGAGGUUUUGAGUUCCUUAUGUGAGUGCUGUUUUCAACAGUGUCAUUUAUUAUGCAGCUUGGAGUAACUGGAAAUCUUCACCAAAGUAAAGAUUCAGGUUAAAGUAACAGAAACAAGAAACAAAACAAACCUUCAUAAAGUCCCGAUCGUGGCAGCCAAAUGUUCUGCUCAUUCCUACCUGCAUUGCCUUGCUGUUCUUAAUCAUUUCCUUCAUUUUGUUAAUGUUUUAUCUGCUUGGUACCAGUAUUAGUGAGACGGUGUGGAUUUCGUUGGAGUUCAAUUCAAAGAAACUAUCCCAUACCCCCUGCUACUUUUUCUUUCUCUGUUUCUUCUUUUUAUUUCUCUUUCGAGCAUUAUGUUUUCAGACCUGAGAAGUGGCAUGGCUGCUAAGUUGACUUUUAAUAAAAACUGUUUGUGCCUGAGGGAAAAUACGCCUUUUUAAAAAGUACCUCAGAACAUCUUCCUCUAUUGCCUCAUCAACUUUGUUGGUGGUACAGGGAUUCAGCAGUAAGUAUUGUCUGUGUGGAAUACAGGGCAGUACUGCCUAUUGACAGUGCAGUAUUGCUUUCGUGCCCCUUUACUCUGUAGUUAUGACCUGGUGAAAAGCCAAGGUAUAGACAACACAUUUAUUUCUUUCAAUACAAUUUUAUCAUAAAGUCUAUUAUAUGCUGGUUUUAUUUCACUUCUUUAUCCUAAUAGAGUGGGAAAUGCUUGUUUUGAAGUAUCAAUUCUAUAAAGUUGUUAAUUUUAGCAAACUUUGCCAAGAAGAUAUAGAAACGUGGAAAUAAAUUUCUAAUUUUCAGCACAAACUUAGAUAAUAGUCCCUAACCGGUAAGAGAGAAUUCCAUGUAUUUACACUGUGGCAUCAUUUAGUAUAGUUUAAACCGAGCCAUAUCUAUAUUUAUUUAUAGGCAUUUAAAAAUUAAAUAUGUGUAGCAUUG